GUCUGUAGCCUGUGAUCUUCGACCUUUGAAGUCAGUCAUCUGUACAGUACAAAGACAUCUUGUACUAUAAUACUAGCUAGUUACAGUUUAGUUAGCUUGUGCUGCUGAGGAACGAUAUCAAGAGAAAGAGACAGCUCUCCAGUAUGCCCCGACCCCCGGCUGGUGUAGAUCCCUACAAAUGGACCCUGAACCUUCCCCCUGGACACCACUGCAGUGUGGGGAUGUCUAACAAUAUGACAGUGGCUGCAGACGGAGAGCCGUCACCAGGGGGACGAGUGAACGAGGACAAGUUCUUUACCUGCAGUUCCCAUGGUGACAGGAUGCAGGUGUACAUGGUUUUGGACGGGCACGAUGGUGUGAGGGCGUGUGAGUUUGCCCAGAAGCACCUCCCCUCCGUGUUCCUCCAGUCGGAGAUCAGGGACGAGUACUCUCUCCGCACUGCCCUCCAUAGAGCCUUCUAUCUCACUGAGAUGGAGUUCUUUGUGCGUAUUGACCCUCACAUCACACGCAGGAUGACUCUACAGCUCGAGAUUGAUCAAAAGGCCCACAAUUCAGCUGAGGCAUUGAGACUCUACCCUGGCCAGGUACAGGAGAUUCAGAGCCUGGAUGAUGAUAUACGAGGAGGAACUACAGCUGUCAUAUCAGUGGUGUUCAACAGCAAGCUCUAUGUGGCCAACUGUGGUGACUCCAGGGCAGUCCUGUGUUAUGAGGACAUGAAUGGCAAACUGGUGGCUGAGCAGAUAUCAGUUGAUCACAACACAGAGAAUGAGGGUGAGCUAGCACGACUGGCAGAGGUGGGCCUGGACCCACACACACUGCUCAGGUACAAGAGACUGGGCACACAACAAAACACUCGCUCCAUUGGGGACUACUCCAUCAAGGGAGGAUACAAGGAUAUUGACACCAUAGCCCAUGCCAAACAAGAGCCUGGAACAGCUGAGCCGUUCAUUUCCUCACCUUUUGACCUCACCAAUUUCCGUGGAUUCCUCAUUCUAAUGACGGAUGGACUAUAUGAAGCGUAUGAAGCGUGGACACAUCGUCCAGCCAUGGUCAACCAAGACCUCGCUCAUCUGGUUUCCAAGGAGAUACGAACAUCGACAGAGUUUCAUCUCGUGGCUCAAAAUGUUGUGGAAAAUGUCAAAACGAAAUUUCAACAAUCGUGCAAGAAGGGAAAACAAGCUGGAAGAUUGGACGAUAUUACACUCAUUGUACGAAACUUUGGCUACCCUAAUCUCUCUCACUCCAGCUCCCACCCGAGCAUGCCCUCCACUGCCCCUGUUGUCUCAUCCCAGGAGUCUGUGUUCUUCCCUGCUGCUGGACGGCAAGUACCCUACUAUCCCUCCCAGUCUGUGUCCACUCAACAGCAUGACUACACCGCCAGUCUACCACCACACGGGUUGAAUAGUGUGCCUCAAGGCAGUCUACCACCACACGGGUUGAAUAGUGUGCCUCAAGGCAGUCUACCACCACACGGGUUGAAUAGUGUGCCUCAAGGCCACGAUAGCAGACAGCAGCAAGCUUAUCGAUCCGAUAAUAACCCGCGUCAAUAUACGGGUAUCAAUGGAAGUAUGUCCGUAGGUGAGGGUGCAUUCAUACCAGAGCCAGAGAGUGGUUCUGAUUUUCCUCCUCAGCAAACCAACGCACAACCAGGCUAUGGCCAAGCUAACUGGGGAGGAGCUCGUUACUAUUCUCAAGGGCCGCUGAGCAACGUACAACAAGUGACACCGUUGCCGUACACUAAUGACCAGCCCCACCAUCAGCAUGCCACCCUCACAGCUGUGGCCUCCUAUCCUGACAUCACUCAUACCCCUCCAAGAGGUAGACAAAUAUCGGUACCAACAAUUCAUACCGUCCCUCGAAGGCCAGCUGGACAGGCAAUCCCGGAGUAUAGGCGAUCAGCAGACUAUGAGAACACGAAUCCUUUAGGGACGGAGCAAAUACAGAGUGAACAAAGCACAUCGCGAUCUUUACUGUACGAGAAUGUAACACUUCGCACUCAAGACUUGUCUUCUACUGACCCAAAGAGACAUUCAGAUAACACCCUCGAGCAGCAAACGCAAGCAAUGUCCCUACAAGACCCUACUCCACAGAAACAAACACUCCCGGCUACUCCCAAUAAGCUCCCAGUGGUAGAGAGGACUCCUGCCAUCUUGGAGAUUGCCACUAUUCCUGUUGCUAUGGCCAACACACCACCAUCUGCUGAAACUACUCCAAAAUUGAAACGCCACGAUUCAGAUUUUGAGCUGUAUGGUUGGAGAAUGGAGACUCCUCCAGUUUCUCUGAACGAGACAUCGAGCACGCUAACUGAGGACAAGAAGCAAGAGUACGAUACACUGCAAGAUAAGCUUGUAAUGGAGGCAACAGCAUCCCCUAAGAUGGCCUCCACUCUGGAGAGCACGCCCGUCACAUCCACUCCCAAACCCCGAGCUAAUGAUGAUGCUAACCUCACUCCCACUGAGGCCAUGCCACCUGUAGCACAGUCCAUCCUCGAGGUCAAGGACAUAGAAGAAGAUCGAGAGACAUUUGUAAUGGACCUGAGUGACGAGUUACAAGAGCCGUCAGAUCACGAGGGACGGGAAGACGUGGAUGGCCAGAUCAAAGCCUACGUUAAGUUUGCAGACUCUUUCCCAGACAUUGGAUGGGACGAAAUAGAAGCUUAGAUUUGUGCUAGUAGUGAAAAAUGAAAAAUGAGUGUCUUAUGCAUGUUUUGUGUGGAGUAUUUGAUUUAUAUUUUGUGCACUUAAUACUGUGUGUGUGUGUGUAUGACUUAAAUUGUAGCCGAGGUCAAAUUCGA